AUGGCGUCUACCUGCAGAACAUGUAGCUCCGCAGUCAAUGGAAUUGACAGAGUUAUAUGCCGUGGCAACUGCCGAUCGAUGUUUCACCGCACUUGCAUCCCUGGAUUACAGCGUUCCACUUUGGAUGCGAUAUCCACGUACGGUGAUAAUUUGUUCUGGCUUUGCGAUGAGUGCGCCAGCAGCUUCAAUAAGUGGUUGCAGCAGCCCGACCCCGUCGCCACCGUCGCCCCCGUCGACGAUUCGUCUAAGUUGUGUGAUGCAGUCGAUAAAUUGAAUACUGCUGUCGCCGAUCUCUCAUACCGCAUCGAAAAACAUUUCCCGUGUGGAUCUUCAGUUCCUGCUUUGAAAAUAUUUAACUCGCGACGGCAGCCUGGCGAAUUACCCACACCAAAGCGGAGCCGAGUGGACAGUGCUAAAGACUAUGCCUCUGCGGUUGCUGUUUGUGGCACCAGAUCCAUUCAGCGUACAAUAAAAACAGUUGCCGAUGAGCGGCAGCAAUUUUGGUUAUAUUUGAGCCGCCUGGAUCCGAGCCAUACAGUGGAUGAUAUUGUUGCUAUGACACAGGAGUGUCUUGAUAUUACCGAUACACCGAAAACUAUUAUGCUAGUGAAAAAGAAUGUGGAUCUCUCGUCGCUUAAUUUUGUUUCGUUCCGAGUUGAGGUGCCAAAAGAGUUGAAGGAUACUGCUUUGAUGGCGUCUACUUGGCCUACUGGAGUUUUGGUUCGCGAAUUUGACUUCGAUCAGGAGCGAUCUACCAGAUUUCGCCAAUAG